AUGGAUGAAGCUGAACUCAACGCUAUAAGAGAAGCCAGACUCGCUGAGCUCCAGAAAAACUCUGGCCAGCAAUCCUCAUCAGGCCAGGAUGAAAAGAUUUCCGUGCUUUCGCAGGUUCUUGAGCCUUCUGCCAGAGAACGUUUAUCUCGUGUGAGAAUUGUACGUCCAGACAGAGCAGAUGCUGUGGAGCAGUACUUGGUGAAGAUGAUCUCGAUGGGAUCGAUCAGAAGAAAGUUGGGCGAACAGGAUAUCGUGGAGAUUUUGGAUUCGCUUUCGAGAGACGAGAAGAAGGCUCUGUCUACGCAGAUUGUGUUUGAUAGGAAACGCGCUGAGGACGACGACGACGAUGAUUUCUUUGAUUAG